UCGUCAUCAACUCAGCGGUUAUUACUAAAAGGUCGGUAUUUUUUAGCACCGUCAUCCGAGUCAGAGCUGUUGAUUUUUUUAGAAGAAGGAAUAAUGGAGAGAUCGGUUUUUGUGAACGAUGUUCAACAGGUCAAUGGAAAUCUCCGUCACUCUGUUUCCUCCGCUUCUCUAAGACAUGUAGCUUACAGUUGUGGUUCUUGUGGGUAUGAACUAAACCUGAGUUCUUCUAGGCGAAUCACCGCAACAAUUGGCUCCAAAUAUAGGAAAUCUAUAAAACGAGGGAUUAUAUCAUUCUUCAGUAUAGAUGAGAGCAGGUUUACACAAGUCGACGAGUUCCAAUGCAUUCCCUACUUUUCAAGGCACUCUUGGAGCUUGUUUUGCCAUAGAACCAAACUCCUUUGCCGCAAGUGUGGCAACCACAUUGGAAAUGCUCAUGAUGACAAAACUUCAGGCUACGCCCUUGUAUUAGACAAAUCCGAUACAGCCUCUGGUAGUGAAGCUUCUAGCCAUAGAAGAUAUGAUGUCAGAAUCCGUGCCCUACAGCCCUCAUCGGCUCAAGAACUUGGCACUCCACCAUUUAUGUGAUUUAGUCGAGUGUUGUAUCUCAAUCACAUCGUUUAUGGUCUUCCACUUUCAUUAUACUGAGUUUUCUUGUGGGUUGCUUCAAGUCAUCGUCUUCUCUUAUUUAUUUUUCU